GAUGGGUUCAAUGGGCCUGAUGCUCCCGAAUUCUUGAUGGGAAAUCUCUACCGGGCAGUGUUCAAUGAGCUUCAGGGUUUGUUCUGGGAGAUUGAUGAUAGUGAGGAGGCUGCUAAUUCAAACCCUUCCAAUGUUGUUUCAGAGAGUACGGUCAAUGUGGAUGAAACGAAUGCUGACCCAUCUACGAGAGCCUCUGCUCAAGCGGUUGAAACUAAUGGUAAUGUUUCACUAGCGGGAAAUGAAGCGGACCAACCAGCAGCUGAUCGAGGAUCGGCUAAGAGGGUUACAUUUCAAUCCGAGGAUGGAUCGGAGAAUAGACGGCGGCGUCGGCUUUGGGAGUUUUUGGCAGAGGACGAUAGCCAGGAUGGACUUGAUCUUUCAGGUUCGGAUAGAUUUGCAUUUUCGGUUGAUGAUGCGCUUAGUGUAAAUAGUGCAGGUUCAGUAGCUGGUAGAAGGUGGCUGUUAUUGUCCAAGUUAAAACAAGGGUUGUCAAAGCAUAAGGAGGGUCAUGUUAAGACUUUGUUCCCGUGGAAGUAUGGUUUGGAAGAUAAAGAGAAGGUUGAGGCUGAGAACAGGGUAGAGGAGACCUCUUAUAAAAGUGGUAAGAGGAGAAAGGAAGGUUUGAUUGAUCACGAGUUGGUUUUGGGGGCAGUAUCACGGGCUCUUGAGAUAACUGAAUUAGCAUAUUUGGAUAUGACGGAUAAGUUGCUCGAUACGAAUCCAGAGCUUGCUUUGAUGGGUUCUUGCUUGCUGGUUGUGUUAAUGAGGGAUGAAGAUGUGUAUGUAAUGAAUGUGGGUGACAGCCGUGCCAUUGUUGCGCAGUACGAGGAACAAGAAGUUGGCCCAAGUGAAGACUUGAAAGAGGAGAGUGACAAAAGGACGUGCAUGGAGGGCAUAAUUGAGGAGUCUACAGCUCCGAGUGAAGGGAAAACAAUUCAAGGGAACCAACCUUCGGCUCAGAAAACGAGAUUAACUGCGUUGCAGCUGUCCACCGAUCAUAGCACGAGCAUUGAAGAAGAAGUAAGAAGAAUAAAGAAUGAGCACCCUGAUGACAAACAAUGCAUUGUCAAUGAUAGAGUGAAGGGCCGUCUAAAGGUCACGAGGGCAUUUGGUGCAGGAUUUUUGAAACAGCCAAAGUUGAAUGAUGCAUUACUGGAAAUGUUUCGGAAUGAGUAUAUUGGCACCGCACCAUAUUUAUCAUGCUCGCCUUCUCUUCGUCACCAUAGACUCUGCACCACAGAUCAAUUCAUAGUGCUCUCAUCUGAUGGUUUGUAUCAAUAUCUAACCAAUGAAGAAGUGGUUUCUUAUGUUGAGAAUUUUAUGGAGAAGUUUCCGGAUGGAGACCCUGCACAGCACUUGAUUGAGGAGCUUCUUUGCCGUGCAGCCAGAAAAGCAGGAAUGGAUUUUCAUGAAUUGUUGGACAUCCCACAGGGGGAUCGCAGAAAGUAUCAUGAUGAUGUUACUGUUAUGGUCAUUUCACUUGAAGGAAGAAUCUGGAAAUCCUCAGGAAAAUAUCUUUGAACUCUCAUAAAUCUUUGAUCAAAUGAAACGACAUUCGAGCAUUCCACCCAAAUGGCGCUCCUCGAGUGGUAUGUCCUUGCAUCCGAACCAUAUUUCAUGGUUCGCCUUAGGUUUUUUCACAUUUCAAGGAGCAAGCCAGCUUGAAGAAAGUGGGUGAACUCGGGCGAUAUCGACGAAAGGCUACUGUUGGAUGGAUGGAUGGAUGGAUGGAUGUUCCCAAAGGUGCAAAUCUAUGCCAUAAUUUGGUUGGGGGAUGAACAGCAGGCAAUUGGCAAAUGGGGUUUUUGGUAUAUGCAUUCUAGAAAAAGGAAAAAAAAAAAAGAAAAUUUUUAACUUCUCUUUUAUUUUCUAUUUGUUUUCUGUUGUUUCCUUCCUCUUUAAGACACCUUCUCUAAGGAAAGAGGACAGA